CAGGGCUUUGUCACUGCAGGCACAUCCCACUGAAGACAGCCACAAUGAAAGUCCAGGACAUGUCAUUCAAGGAGGGGCAGGAGUUCAAGAUCCGCGUCAAGCCUAAGGACGACUGCGAUGCCUUUUCCAUCAACAUCGGUCACGACGCUGAAAACAUCGCGAUGCACUUCAACCCCCGCUUCGACCAUGGCGGUGACGUCAACACCAUUGUCUUCAAUUCCUUGUCUGGGGGAGGCUGGGGUGACGAACACCGCGAGGGAAACUUCCCCUUUGCGCGUGGAGAGGAAUGCAAGUUUCACAUCAACUUCAACAUGGAGCAGUUUUACAUCAAGCUUCCUGAUGGCUCCAUGGUGAACUUCCCCAACCGACUGGGAGACGUCAAGUACAAAUACUUUACUUUCGGUGGUCAAGCAAAGAUCAUUGGCAUCAAGAUCAAGUAGAAGUUGAACCCUUCUUAACCCUUGACUCUUGACCUGUCCCUCUUUUGUGUGUUGCUGUAAUAGUCUGUUUUACAUUUCUGGGCCCAGGCCUGUUAGCUCAUCUUUUCACCUGAUGAACACCAGAGAUUUGUACCAACAAGGAGUCCUGAUGUUGUAAUAAGAGUAAAUGGCCUAAAGAGGGAGCCACAGCACAUCUUACCUCACUGUGUCUGCUCGAAGUCUCAUCAGUCACUGGGUCUG